AUGCAACUCGAUGACAUUUCAGCGAGAGAGGGGAAAGCACAAAUUACGAUUGAGAGUAUGCUCGACAAGUAUAAGAAGGAGAAGGAUAAACUUGAAGACGCGCAGGGUGAAAUCAAAAGCUUGAAUGCUGAUAUUGAUACGAAAGAGAUGCUUCUCAGCAAAUCCUCAGAGGAAGCAGACGAGCUUCGUGAGAAAGUUGAGGGCCUUAACGAAGAUCUUUCAAAAAAAGAUGAAAAGAUGAGUCAGUUCAACAGUCAGAUCACUGAAUUGGAGGAUAGCCUGAAGAAAAGUGCGCAGAAAAUCAGUGAAUGGAAUUCUGAAUACUGUAAGCUAGAGGGGAUAUCCCUCGCGGUGAAGGAAGGAAAUGAAUACUUGAAGAGCCAGAAUGCAACCUUGCAAAUGAGCCUGAAUACGAGUGAGGCUCAGCUUGGAAAACUGCAAAGCUUCGCCGUUAAGGAGAUAAUGAUUGAGAAAGAAACAAUCGCUAAAAAUUUCUCUGAUCUCUGGGAUUUUGCGAGAAAACAGCUACACGCUGUUUUUAAGGAGGAUAUCAGUACAUCUGUGUUGAAGAAUCAAACUGUGUGGAAUAAAUUUCGACAAAUAACCGAGGACAAGCUAGACUGGCGUCCACUUCACAAACAUCUGAUAGCCUCGAAUUCUCAGCCGGCCAAAGAUAUACGCCUUGCGACAACUUUGGCAGUUCUGUCAAAAGAGCUGAAUCGACAUAUCUUCCAGCCAACUUAUACCUUCCCUGCGGACAAAAUACUCAGUAGCCUUGCUGAUCAGGAUGAUGAGAAGGAAAAUUUCUGUCGACGUGUACUUCUCUCCAUUGAUCCAGAGGCCGAAAAGGUCAACCUCGAAGAAAAAGUCAACACUGUUGUACGUAGUAUGACAGCAGAUCUAAUCACCGCAGACGGGAUUUUCUCAGACAGGUUGUACGAGUCUUACCGCAAUAAGAUACUCCAAAUUGUGAACCGGGCAAAGGAAGUAUGGCUCCCCAUCCAAAGAUGCCCUGAUAAAUACGAGAUUGAGUUUGAUGAUGCGGACGUAGACUGGUUACACUUUGAUCCUCGUGAGGACAAUCUAACCAAUGGACAUCAAGACAAUGCCGAAGGUCCAGGAGAAUUUCUGUUGACUGUUUUUCCGGGCAUCGUUCUCAUAAAAGAUGGCUUUGAGGAGCCUCUGAAAUGUCCCAUUCAGCUGCGGAGCUCUCAACACAUAUGUACUGCCGUGAAGAAGGAGGCUACUGGAACUCCUCAUAUUCUGAGAAGAAUGACAAGACCGAAGCGACCAUCAGUUGGUCAGGAAUCUCAGAGUCCCUUAAGUCGUCAUCCACUUGAAUCCUCUCAGAGUUCGAACCAGCCUUUUUUCGUUCGAAGCUGA